UAGCUAGCUAUUCAGCAACCGUUGAUUGCGAGAUGAUUAAUCGUCCUAUGUCGCUGCCGUUGUUCCUGCUGCCUGCGCUGCUUCUGGCAGCAUCAGCGGUCCCCGCGGAGUUCAGUUGCCCAACUAAGUGCGGCGACGUCGACAUCCCCUACCCAUUCGGCAUCGGCGCCGGCUGCUCCCGCAGCGAGGGCUUCGAGAUCGCCUGCGUCAACAACGCCAGAACGGCGGUGCUCAAGGCCGCCAACAAGACGAUACCCGUGAUGAGCCUGACGGUUGAGCCGCCGGAGGCCAAGGUGAUGCUUCCGGUGGCUCACCAGUGCUACAACUCGAGCGGUGACCCGACCGAGUUAUCGUUCGAUGGUCAGGUGGACUUCAACACGCACGGCGUGUGGCGCAUUUCUAAUGCGCGGAACAUGUUCGUGGUUCUGGGGUGCAACACCCUGGCCUACACCAAGAACUCCAACAGCAAGGGCAAGGGCCGCUACGAUUACGUCUACUACACGGGCUGCGUCGCCUACUGCAAUGACUCGCAGAGCGCGCAGAACGGCCAGUGCGUCGGCGUCGGCUGCUGCCACGUAGACAUCGCGCCAGGCCUCACCGACAACGCUGUUACCUUCAAUUCCUGGGAUCGCGAUGACAUGGCGUACAGCCCCUGCGACUACGCCUUCCUUGUCGACAAGCACAACUACAAUUUCCAAGUGUCCGACCUGCACAUGGAUGUGAACCGGACCAGCAAACCGGUGUGGCUCGACUGGGCCAUCCGCGACGGCGGCGGCGGCCUGUCGUGCACUGCGGCAAAGAACAGGACGGGAUACGCCUGCAUCAGCGCCAACAGCGAGUGCGUUGACUCCGUCAAUGGACCUGGUUACUUCUGCAGAUGCAAGCCAGGCUAUGAGGGCAACCCUUACCAAGCUGAAAACGGAUGCACAAAUAUAGAUGAAUGUACACGCCCCGAAGAGUUUCCUUGCUAUGGUGUUUGCAAGGACAUGGAUGGGUCGUACAAUUGCAAGUGCCCUCGAGGUUACAAGCCUAACGGUGAUCCGAAGAAAGAACGAUGCAGCCCAAAGUUCCCCUUUGAAGCACAGCUUGCCAUAGGCAUCAGUUUGGCCAUGUUCAUGUUAGCUUUGGCUCUACUCUUCACACUAAUGGUGCUACAAAAAAGAAGGAUGAAGGAAUUUUUCAAAAAGAAUGGUGGUUCAGUAAUUGAAAAAGUGGAGAACCUGAAGAUUUUCACCAAGGAGGAGCUCAAGAAAAUUACAAAGAACAAUUCACAUGUCCUUGGCAAAGGAGGAUUCGGUGAAGUCUACAAGGGGACUCUUGAGGACAACACAAUGGUGGCUGUGAAGGCGUCGAUUCUGGUAAAUGAAGCUCGAAAGGAGGAUUUCACCAAUGAAUUGAUCAUCCAGUCACAAAUGAUUCACAAGAACAUCAUCAAGCUUUUGGGUUGCUGCUUGGAGGUUCAUGUUCCAGUGCUUGUUUACGAGUUUGCUGCUAAUGGGAACCUCCACGACGUCCUCCAUGGCGAUGCCAAGGGACAACUUCCUCUUUCACUGGACUUACGUUUGGACAUUGCAAUUGAAUCUGCAGAGGGAUUAACAUACAUGCACUCAUCCACCAGCCGUACCAUACGACAUGGUGAUGUCAAGCCAGCCAACAUACUUCUCGACGACAAUUUCAUGCCAAAAAUCUCAGAUUUUGGGACGUCCAAGCUGCUCACCGUGGACAAGGACUUCACCAUGUUUGUAGUAGGGAGUAUGGGUUACAUAGACCCGGUGUUCCACAAAACUGGGCAUUUGACACAAAAGAGCGACGUGUACAGCUUCGGAGUUGUUCUUUUGGAGCUCAUAUGCAGGAAGCCCACAAUAUAUGACGAAAACUGCAGCCUCAUCAUCGAGUUCCAGAAAGUUUAUGAGCAGGAUAACAGUGGAAGGGCAAUGUUUGACAAGGGCAUUGCAAUAGCCGAUGAAGAUGUGCUGGUCCUGGAAGAAAUUGGCGGGCUUGCAAUCGAGUGUUUGAAGGAUAAGGUCGAAGACCGGCCCGACAUGAAGGAAGUCACAGAACGUCUUGUGAUGCUUAGGAGAGCUAGGAAGCGUGGACUAUGGAACAACAGGAGUCCCCAUCACUUCGACGAGAUCAGCAUUGAUGGAGCUCUCAAGACCUUCGGUACCGAUAGCAGCGGAACAAGCAGUGCCGCUCCUGCGCCAUCCACUCCGGUGAGCAAAGAACUCCCCAACCUGUAACGCGAACAUGUGUGUAUAGGCUUUCUCGAAAUGUCAUCAGGGUCAUCCGCUAUUGGCUACUAUGUACGUGUUUUCUGUAACCGGCUUCAGUUAAGAGAAGCAAGUUAUUUGUAUUCAGGUUGACUUUAUAUUCCUCUGUUCUCAUUGUUUGUAAAUUGUGGAUUGAUAUGUUUGGGACCUUGUAUGCAUAUUUUUGUGAACCAAGUUGUGACACUUGUGAG